AUGGGUGCUCUUCUCCAUUAUGCUAUUGGUGGUACAUUUAUCACUACGGCUUUGAUCAUGGGUGUCGUUUGCAUGGUUGUAUACAACGUAAUUAGCGACAUCAAUAGCUUCCAAGAUGAGAUCGAAAAAGAUUUGGAUCAGUUUAAGAACUUCGCCGACGAUGCUUGGAAGACAAUAAUGGCUGCACAGCCACCAAGACAGAAACGAGCCUCACAGACGACUAAGAAGAGAGCUUCAUACUCAGAAGGUGCAGGAGCAGUUGGCGCUGGCGGAGGAAGCUGGGGAGGAAGCAGCAGCAGCGGAGGAGGAUGGAGCGGAAGCAGUGGUGGCAGCAGUGGAUGGAGCGGAAUAAGCGGUGGUGGCGGUGGUGGCGAUGAAUGUCAAUGUGCUGCUCAGGCCAGUGGAUGCCCACGCGGACCUCCAGGACCACCUGGACUGCCUGGACACCCUGGAGAAGAU